AUGCCCAGAGACAGUGAAAACAACGAAGAAGCCAACGUGUCGUCGAUCGAAAUUGAAGUUCUAGAAGAAGAAGAAGACGAAGUUCCAAUGAGCGAGACGGUCCAAAAGCCAGAAAUUCUGAAGGUUCACUCUUCGAUGAUUUUCCAACUGCGACCUGGAGAAAAGCCACAGCUACCUAUAAAUGCUCAUGUUUCUAGCGAAUCGAGGGUAGAAGAGGAAGAGAUAAUUACGAGAGAACAGAUCACGUGCAAAAUUGAACGAGUAUCAGACGACGAAAAUAACGACCCGAUCGCAAGACUAAAAGCCCAAGCUGCCGAAAAUGUCAAGAACAAUAAAACUAUCAGCCCUGUUGAAAUCAAAAGCAUCAGUGAGUUGACGAGAUUGACGGACAAGCUCUUCAAAUUCGCGCUGGAUCAGAAGAACGAGGAUGGCUACAAUUCUAUCAAGUGUCUAGUCCGCCGAUUGAGACGAUCCCGAUGCGAAAAUCCUCUAGAAAAGCUCAUCGUUGCCCUACGGACGCAAUCUGCUGACUCUGAAUGUAUCACAAUACCCAAGUCUCAAGACGGCCGGAUCCAAGUCGCGAAGAAGAAGUGCUACCCGCAUGUCCUUUAUGUUCAGCUGUUCCGUUACUCGGACGUGACUCAUUCUACCCCGCUGCUGAGCCUGUGCAAAUACGGAAGAGGCUCGUCGGAUAAAGUUUGUGUCAAUCCAUUUCAUUAUGAAAAAGCCCACACUUCAAAUAUUGACACCAGCCGACUGACCCCAACCCAAGUCCGAUGCUUCUCGCAAAUUUCGAUCAUCAAAAUGGAACCAAAAGACGAACCAAUUAUGAACCAGCCCCUUACCAUAUCUCCAAUCACCCCUGCGCAAGAAAGAAUUAACCGUCGAAUCCGUCGAAUUCCUCAAGAACAAUUUGUCCAGCUGACAAAACCUUCGCUGGACGCGCACAUUUGGCAUCGUCCGACAAUUUGGGCCGACAUUCAGCUCUUCGAAGGAGAAACAAAGGUCGGGACGGAAGUCUCCGCUGUCAUGUCAGAACCACGAGUGUCUGUGCUUCCGCCAAAGUCGCCCUAUCGCCGAGGGCUCCAUCGAAAUCCACUGAAAUCCUCGACGAAGAUGCAACGACAAAUGGACUUGUACGAUCCGACGUUGCUGGAUCCGAAUAAAGAAAAGGAAAUUUUCAAUUUUGAAAUGUUUCAGACUUUACUCAUCAAGGCGAGACAAUUUGGGAAGAACAAGCUGUUCAGUUUGAGGGAGCACUGCCAUGCGCGCAUAUUUUUCGAGACAGAUUCUACAAAUAGGGUCAUUAAUAUGCCACAUUUGUCCGAAUCUCUUUGGAUUAUGGGAACGGGCUCAUCGAAUGAAAAGGACUCUCCUAACGAAGCGCCGAACUCUGUUGAUCUCUUUGAAAAAUUGUCAUUAUUUGAUAAACUCAAUAUCGAGCUCCGCAAAGCUUAUAAGAAAAGACAAGCGCCUUAUAUGGUCUUUCGGUGCAAUUUGUUCUGGCAUCUUGUUUAUAUUAUAUUGUUUGGAAUCUUUCUGACAAGAAUGUUUUGUGUCUACCCGACAAGGCUCGAAUGGAUUCUUUAUUUUUGGACGUUUACUUUGAUCGUUGAGGAAAUAAGACAGAUCCGGGACAUUCAGGAUGGUUCUCAAUAUCGGAAAUCAAUAUCAAGAAAUUUUUGA